AUGCUCCCGUCGACCCACCAUAUCGUGGGGAUCAGCUCCUCCAUUGCGAGGUUGUCCGCAUAUGCGUUCUUGAGAUGGAUUCCCGGUCACCACUUCCCUCCGAUAAUUAUAUCGUCUGUUUUGGUAUACCUCAUCUUCGUUUUUGGUAACUCAAGAGCCUUUGGUUCUCAUAGGCCAACUCUUCACGAAGCCUUUCCAAAGCUCUUCCCACAACCCGAACCCGAAGAAACAGCAGCAGCAGAGGACGACAACCCCGAGGACCAUGUAGAGCCUGCGUUCUACGAUGACGAGAAGUCUUUCUUCCAGAUCUUCGUCUUAGGAAUUCCCAAGUGGAGGGAACCACAGUGGAGCUAUAUGACAAUCACGGUGAAUCUGUUACUGGCAAUCUUUACCCUUGACCUUGUAUUUCGAGGUCCAUUGUUGUACCCUGCCAAAGACUUGACCUUUAGCCGAGUCGGAUACGUCGAUCAUUCGUCCGCAAACAUCUUGAUCAGGGAGCCUGACCCAGCUCAGCUACCUAUCUAUGUCUAUAUCUCACCUGCCGACAAGGCUACCUGGACAACAAUGGACACGAUCUACUAUCUCGGAGAUGAAACCGACUACACAUAUCCCAUCACUUUCGAUGGACUUCAACCAUCGAAGAAGUAUAUUUACUCCUUGUCUAACAAUCUAGAAGGGACCUUUACGACCUCUCCGGCACCUUACUCCGAAGCGGCCAAAAGCCUGACGUUCCUUACUUCGUCUUGCAUCAAAGCAAAUUUCCCAUACAAAGCAAAGGCUCAUGCCCUUGCCAUUCACGGCUUCCAACAUUUGUCAAAGGUCAUUCAAUCUCUGCCAUCUCCGGCAUCGUUCAUGCUCUUUCUAGGAGACUUCAUCUACGUGGAUGUCCCUCUACGUCUAUCUUCCUCGCUGCGACACUAUCGAUCCGAGUAUCGGCGGGUCUAUGCAUCACCAUCGUGGUCGUUGCCUGGGUUAGAUACAGUGCCUUGGCUACAUACCCUUGAUGAUCAUGAAAUCGCAAAUGACUGGUCUGGUGGAAAUGACACAGAUCCCUUCCCAGCGGCAUCAGACCCUUUCAUCCACUAUCACGUUUCGGUGAACCCCCCGGUGCCGAAAGGCUCUCCUGAUGGCCCUGGGACCAACACAACAUACUUCCAAUUCUCAAAUGGUCCUGCCUCGUUCUUUAUGCUCGACACAAGACGAUAUCGGACAGAUCCUGAGCCUGCUCCCGCCAAGUCGAAGCCUUUCUACCGCUUCUCUGUUGAACCCCCAAAUCCUCCAGUGCCGGCCACCAAUCACUCGAUGCUCGGUACUGCACAGCUAGAGUCGCUUCUCCGCUACCUCUCGACUCCAGAGCCACCACGCGUGCACUGGAAGAUCGUUGCCUCAUCUGUUCCAUUCACAAAGAACUGGCGCUUUGGCACUUCUGACACGUGGGGCGGUUUCUUAUAUGAACGCUCCAAGAUCCUCGAGGCAAUGCACAAAGCUGAGCGCGACCUCGGCGUCCGUGUCAUCAUCCUCUCAGGAGAUCGACACGAAUUCGCCGCCAUCCGCUUCCCACCACCCAUUGCGGACUUUGCGCCUUCUGCCUCACGCGCAUCCAAAGGCCAAAACAAGAUUAUAGUCGACCAACACGCCCUCUCCGAAAAGAGCAAAACAACUGUCUACGACCGCACAGCCUCGUCCGGUCCGCACGAGUUCUCCGUCGGGCCGCUGAGCAUGUUCUACCUCCCAUUCCGCACGUUCAAGCAGAUCGACGAGGAAGACGUCGCGAUCCGGUACCUCCCUGACGGGAACAGCAAGGUCGGCGUCAUCGACAUCUCCCCGCUGGCUGGUGAGGUCCACAAGCAGAAGAGCAUGCUCAGGUACUCCCUGUACGUCGAUGGCGCCCUGAGUUGGGAGUAUACCCUCACCAGCCCGGCCGCCGACGGCGACAUCGCGGGCAGGAGAGGCGCGAGGUGGUGGUUGUGGUCUUGA